GCGAAGUAACCAAUUGGCAAAGUUAUCUGUGCUGCAGCAAGUGUCAUAAUUGCUCAUAGAUAACAGUUCCAGUACAAGUACUUGCUAAAAGAUAAGUGUUCUUUUUGGUAUUGUGUUGCGAUUUUCGAUUACCAUUUCAAUAUUAUUGUAAAAAAUGGCCGGUGAAAGCGCAGUAUCUACCGUCGCCAAGCCUCAGAUGCGAGGCCUCCUCAACACAGCUAUCAAGCGUAAUUUGAUCAUCGCGCUGACCCUGGCUGGUGUGAGCGGGAUCGCAUUCAAGCAGAUUGUUGGUAAUGAGCGCAAGAGGAAAUAUGCUGAAUUCUACAGGACAUAUGAUGCCGAGAAGGAGUUUGAAGAAAUGCGCGCCAAGGGUCUUUUCCAAUCUUGCUAAAUGAAAGCUUUCUCUAGUGUAGUUACAAUUUUUUUUUGUGCUGUAAGAUAUGUAAUUUAAAAAAUAUGAAAAAUAUUAAUCAAC